AUGGAAAGCGAAGAUAAUUCCAGACCAGCUGAAGAGCAACUUGUUAAUAUUUCACAAAGCGACCAAAAUUCAGCUGAAGCAAUAGACGCUCCAGCAGUUGGACAAAUAUUCCGUAAUUGGGAGGAAUUGGAUCUCUUUAUUUCUCUUUAUGCAAAAACUCAAAACUUUGUUAGUAUUAUACGUGGAUCUGAAUAUGAUAAGGGAGUUUGUCGAAUUCAUCGAUAUGCUUGUGAACAUCAAGGUCAUAAUGGUGCAAAGAACAAGACUAAUACGUAUCGCUGA